AUGGGGGAUAGAUACGCUUUUCGACCUACACGAAUCGCUCCCUACGGGGCGCAUCGCUAUGCUGCUCUCCCACUACGCAACAGAGACGGGGAACUUCCCCCUCAGGCAAGAGGUUUUGACAGGACGCCCAUUCAACGCACAUUGGAACAACCGCAAACUAGGGCGCCAGUCCCUACGCCUUCCUAUGCGGUUGGAGAUGAGGGGAGGGAGAUGAGGGAGAGUUCACAACUUCGAGCGGAAAGACCUCAGUGUUCCAGAUACAACAAUAUUGAAAGGUCAGAGAGUGUGGGACUUGAAGAGAGGAGUGAGAGGACAAAGAGUGUGUCACGUAAAAAUUGUUCAGGUGACAAGGAUCGCGGACUUGCUGGAGCUACUGCCGUGGGAAUCAAAGUCGCCAACCGAGGUCGGAACAGACAAUAUGGCUACGAUAAUCGAGACGAACAACGCAAUAGACGUGCUCCACCUAGAGGAGAAGCAGACAUUCCUCCACGCGAUCCUCCAACUCAUCGUAAAGUAUCCAAUAACGGCACUUUACAAUACUCAACCAUUGAGCUUGGCGGGCGUAACCCACAAGAACGCAGGCCAUCUAACUCAGAACGCCGAGAGUAUACCUCGCAUCCCUCUCAACAGCAGACUCCACCAGGAGAAGUUUUUAUUCCCAAUGACAUAUUGGGUCUCACAAAACUAAGGAAAGAGCUCAAUUCUGUUACACCAAAGGGAAUUCUUCGUCCUCCUACUAAGAAAUUUUCCGAAGAUUCAGAUCCAAUCCGUGAGAGAGCCGUCCCGCGAAGAUAUGCUAAGAGGAUCCUGUCAAGCCCAAUAUGGACAAUGAUCCCCAGGCGCCUAGUAAAUCCCGAGGCCUUAACAAUGCGAGAUGAGAGAUUUAUAGUAAUAGAGGGCUUUGUCAUUGUUUUGAGAAUUUUGAUUAAGGAUGAGGUUCAAAAUUAUACGUAUCUACGUUUAAAAUUAGAGCCGCAAUACAAAGAAUACGAGAGCGAGGCAAUACUCGUGAUUCAUUACAGCGCGGCAACGACUGAAUUAUCCACAGAGUCGCCAAUAUGA